AUGACUAAAAUUGUCUUUAUGGAAAAUGAUGCUUGUCAGGAUGAAGGGCAGUUUGGUGAUCAAUUUGGUAGACAGAUUGAACCGAUAGCAGCUUAUGUACCGUACAUGGUGGUUGUCGGUAAUCAUGAGCAGGCUUAUAAUUUCUCCCAUUAUGUCAACCGAUAUACAAUGCCAAACAGUGAACACAACUUUUUUUAUAGUUUUGACCUUGGUGCUGCCCAUUUUAUAGCUAUAUCAACUGAAUUUUAUUAUUUCACUGAAUAUGGCACCGUACAAAUAGCAAAUCAAUGGAAAUGGCUUAUUGACGAUUUAAAGCGUGCAUCCGCAAACCGUGACAAAUAUCCAUGGAUUAUAACAAUGGGGCAUCGACCAAUGUAUUGCUCGAAUUACGACUCCGAUGAUUGUACCAAAUACGAAUCACGAGUUCGUUCGGGUAUACCAGGAACACACCGUUACGGACUUGAAAAAUUAUUUUAUACGUAUGGAGUUGACUUAGAAUUUUGGGCUCACGAACAUUCCUAUGAACGCAUGUGGCCACUAUAUAAUCGUACUGUUUAUAAUGGUACCAAAGAACCAUAUAUUGAUCCACCAGCACCGAUACAUAUCAUUUCAGGAUCUGCUGGAUGUCAAGAAUAUACCGAUCCAUUUAUAUCUAAACCAUCACCGUGGAGUGCAUUUCGUUCGUCAAACUAUGGUUUUGGUCGACUUCAUAUAUUUAAUGAAACUCAUCUCUACUACGAACAAGUAUCCGCAUCAAAGGACGAAGCGGAAGAUAGUUUCUGGUUGAUCAAGCAGAGACACGGUCCCUACACCUCUGAGCAUCGUAAAAAGCUGAAAAAAUUUGGUACCUACGUCCCCUAA